CUCAUACAUUGAACCAUCAUGGUUCUUCCGCUGUUGUCCUUUUAGUAUUAAAGCGUGUAUAUAUAGCGUGGUCACAAGGAAACUUGCUCAUAACACAAACCAGCCCUUGUCUUUUGUGCUUCGCUCUUUUUCUUCGUCUUUCCCCCUUGUUUCGUUGUGGUGCUUUUUUCACUCCUCGGUUAGUGAGGAUGUGCUGUUUUCUGUUGGUCUAUGUUUCGGGAUUCGCGGCUUGAUUUCGAGGAAAAGGUCCAAUCUUGGCUUCUGGGUUGUCAGGUUUUCUGCAGAUUUUCAUCAGAGAAGUUCCUGAGUUUCCUCACUGGUGAGCCUCUAAAGGGGUUUUGGCUUUUCUUUUGAAUCUUUAUUGAACAUUUGGUUUUUGUUUUGUUGGUGGGUCCCUCUAUUGUGUUGUGAGAUUUUUGUAUGUGGGUUGGGAGUGCUGGUGUAUGAAAUGAUUAUUGGGUAAGGGUUUUAGUUUGAUUUGGGUGCCCUUUUAGCUCGAGGAUCUAGAGAAAGAGAUAGGUGUGUUUGAAAACGGUGUUGAAACUUGGAAAAUUGAAUGGACAUGGUUUGUGUGAUUUGAUGUGUGUUUUGUGAAAAGCACUUGGAGUGUGUGCGAACUAGGAUUGGAGGUGGGAUGGGUUCACUGGCUUGAUCUGUUUUUGUUGUUUGUGUGAAUCAAUGGAAGGGAAUUUGUCACAGGGAGGUAUGAUUCAAGGCGGUGGUAGUUCUUUUGGGGGUUUUGAUUUGCCUGGAUCAAUGCGGGUUCAUCGGCAAGCUCAGCAUCCUCAUUCCAUGAAUCAGCAUCAAACACAUCCUUGCCAAGGGUCUGGGGUGCAUUCCUCAGUUCAUGAUGGUUUUCCCCUUACGAUGGGAACCUUGCAGAACUGUGAUCAGACAAUGUCAAUGACCGAGUUUAGUCAGGGAGAUAGAAGCAAAAACUCACCAAGUGAUGAAGAUGAACCAAGUUUUGCUGAGGAAGGUGGUGAUGGUCAUCAUGAAGCGGGUAGAGGGAAGAAGGGGUCGCCUUGGCAGCGGGUGAAGUGGACUGAUAAGAUGGUGAGGCUUUUGAUAACAGCUGUUUCAUACAUAGGCGAGGAUCUAACUUCUGAAGGUGGUGGUGGAAGGAGAAAAUUUACAGUCCUACAGAAAAAGGGGAAGUGGAAAUCUGUUUCUAAGGUCAUGGCUGAAAGAGGUUAUCAUGUUUCACCUCAGCAGUGUGAGGAUAAGUUCAAUGAUCUUAAUAAAAGGUACAAAAAGCUUAAUGAUAUGCUUGGGAGGGGAACUUCUUGUCAGGUUGUUGAAAAUCCUGCUCUGUUGGAUGUGAUAGAUUAUCUUUCUGAGAAAGAAAAGGAUGAUGUUCGAAAAAUACUGAGCUCAAGACACCUGUUCUAUGAGGAGAUGUGUUCUUACCAUAAUGGUAAUAGAUUGCAUUUACCCCAUGAUCCUGCAUUGCAACGGUCGCUGCAGCUGGCUCUCCGAAAUAGAGAUGAUCAUGAUAAUGAUGAUAUCAGAAGGUCCUAUCAUGAUGAUCAUGAUGAAGAUGAUCCAGAUGUGGAAACUGAUGACCGUGAUGACUUUGAAGAGAAUUAUGUUUCUCAUGCAGAUAGUAGAGGACUCUAUGGGGCAUCAGGGGGAUCUUUGAAAAGAUUAAGAGUAGGGCAUGGGCAAGAAGAUGCUGCUACUUUUGGGAGUGCUUUAAACAGUCAAGAGCACAACAAAAGUUCGUAUCCUCCGAUGGUCCAAUCUGAUGUGAAUCAAGCUUUACCUGAAAAUAUGAGAGCAGCUUGGUUACAGAAGCAAUGGGUUGAAUCUCGUUCACUUCAGUUAGAGGAGCAGAAACUACAAAUUCAGGUUGAGAUGUUGGAGCUAGAGAAACAAAGAUUCAAGUGGCAGAAGUUUAGUAAGAAAAAAGACCGGGAGUUGGAAAAGUUAAAGCUGGAGAAUGAAAGAAUGAAGCUUGAAAAUGAACGUAUUGCUUUAGAACUAAAGCGAAAGGAAAUGGGAACUGGCUUUAACUAGGUAGAUGUGAAGAUGUCACUACAUAAUAAACAAGAGCCCUUAAAAAGGGAUGAGAUCUACAUCAUUUGGUGAAACUCACCUAAAUUUCACACAAGGUGUAUGCUACUAGCCUUCUUAUUUUUUUCUUAUUGUAGGGAGGUUCCCUUAUAGCAAGCAGUAUUGAUUGAUAAAGAUAUAAACACCCUUUUUUAUUUUGCUUUAAGAUUUGGAGCAAACUGUCGUGUAACUUAAUUUCGUUCUUUUCAAUUGCUAUGAAAGAUACAGAAUUUGAUCCCUCA